AUAGGUGUUUUUUGUCUCAUUUGAUGGGAUACCACUGAGGUAAAAGAUGAGUGAGGCAGGGAUUUGGUAAAGGGGGAAGGUAGGAAGGAAGGGAGAAGAUGUGACCACAAUCAAGAGUGAGGGUGGGGCCUGGCUUUCUAAAAGGUGGGAUAAAGCUGAGCAGCUGAAUUGAUGGCUCCAGGAGGCCCUGCAAGAGGUCUGCCAGUGGGUGUCUGUCUAGGAAGGAGGGGCAGUGACGUCCCUUCCUAGUAGCAUUUAUAUUUCACUUUAGAGUUGGCAAAGCACUUGGUGUCCCUCACAGCAAACUCUUUGAGUAGGUGCUAUUCUUGUCCCCAUUUUAUAGCUAAGGAAACAGCCACAGAAAUUAAUGACUCAUUGUUGGAGUAAGAGUAAGAAGAUUGGGGUUCAGGUAACUGUCCUCCCACUGUGGACUAGUCCUUUAACUUCUGUGAGCUACGGUCUCCCUGUAAAAAUGUGGAUAAGAAUACUUGAAUUAACUAAGUAGGCCCGUGCUUUGUUAAAUGCUGGGUGAGGAUGAGCUUGCCAGGUACAGAAUCAUCGCUCCUGGCGUUGGAGGCUGUUGGAUGUGGGAUCCUGCUUUGGGCCUCAGGAGCUGAACUUGCUGUGCUCCACAGGGAAGAGCUGAACCUGUGCCUCCUGCCACUCAGCGUAUCUCAUGCCCUGGAGAGUGCCCUGGAACAGAAGGAGCUUGCAUCAGAGGCCCCCGAGCCUGCAGCAGGACUUGGUGACGCUGUGGUCCAGCCUGGCUCUGUCUGCCGGAACCCCGCAUGCGGUGCUGUGUUCCAAGGCCCGGAGAGUGAUGCCAGCCCCUGCAGUUUCCAUCCUGGAGGGCCUCGAUUCCAUGAGGGGAUGAAGUCUUGGAGCUGCUGUGGCAUAACAACCGUGGAUUUUAGCACGUUCUUGGCACAACCAGGAUGCAGCCUUGGUAGACAUCUCUGGCAGACGCAGCAACGUGUCUCCUGCCGCCGUGACUGGCACCAGACGGCCUCUGUAGUGGUGGUGACCGUGUAUGGCCAGCGACCGCUGCCUGCACUCAGCUGGGUCAAGGCCAGUCGGACCAAGCUUCACAUCCAUAUAGCUUUUGAGGGCAACCGGGUUUUCCAGGAACAAAUGGAGCUGUGUGGGGUCAUAACCGUGGAACAAAGCGCCGUCUCCCUCAUGCCGUCUCGGGCUGAGAUCUCCCUGACCAAGGCUGACCCAGGGCCUUGGGCCCACUUGGAGCAGCCGGGAACGGGGAUGCCCAUUGGGAAGGUUGGGGAGGACGUUGGGUCUGGGAUGAUUGGAGAGGAGCCGGAGGAUUCAGAUGAUGAUUUGAGCUGGACAGAGGAAGAGGAGGAAGAGGUUGAGGGAGAGUGACCCCUAGCUAGGUAUUUUCACAGAAUCUUUGAGGAUCUUCCAGGAUUUGGGAGUCGGGGUGUGGUCAGUUGCAUGCUGUUCUUGGGAACCGGGCUAGGGGCUGGUGAAGAAAACAUAAGAAGGAUCCUUCCCCUGCUGGUCCUCCUGCUCAGACACAUUUUGUGGUCCUCCGAUCACGCAGCAUCAUCCUCUCGCUCUCUCCUCAGUUCAAGAACAACGUCUGGAGGCUUGUUUCCCUCUCUCAGUACCUGGUCUUAAGUCUUCCCUGCCUCUUCACAUUCCCAACGAAAAACAACCCCCCGCCACCAAAUAAAACCAGACCAAUCCACACA